CUUUUUACUCAGACUUGACUUGAAUUCCACAUUUUGUUUGAAUAACCGAGAUUUGAAGACCAGGCAGAAUGACGGAUUCAAAGUAUUUCACCACAAAUAAAAAAGGGGAGAUCUUUGAGCUGAAAGCUGAGCUGAACAAUGAGAAAAAGGAGAAGAGGAAGGAAGCUGUGAAAAAGGUCAUUGCAGCCAUGACUGUAGGCAAGGAUGUGAGCUCCUUGUUCCCUGAUGUGGUGAACUGCAUGCAGACUGAUAACCUGGAGCUGAAGAAGCUGGUCUAUCUGUACCUGAUGAACUACGCUAAGAGUCAGCCUGACAUGGCUAUUAUGGCUGUCAACAGCUUCGUGAAGGACUGCGAAGAUCCCAAUCCGCUCAUCCGGGCCCUGGCCGUGCGCACCAUGGGCUGCAUCCGAGUGGACAAAAUCACAGAGUACCUGUGCGAGCCGCUCCGGAAAUGCCUGAAGGACGAGGACCCCUACGUGAGGAAGACCGCUGCCGUGUGCGUGGCCAAGCUGCACGACAUCAACGCACAGAUGGUGGAAGAUCAGGGUUUCCUGGAUUCCCUCAGAGACCUCAUCGCCGACUCCAACCCAAUGGUCGUGGCUAAUGCCGUGGCAGCGCUGUCUGAGAUCAGCGAGUCCCACCCCAACAGCAAUCUCCUGGACCUGAACCCCCAGAACAUCAACAAGCUGCUGACCGCUCUGAACGAGUGCACCGAGUGGGGCCAGAUCUUCAUCCUGGACUGUCUGUCCAACUACAACCCCAAAGACGAGCGUGAAGCCCAGAGCAUCUGCGAGCGCGUGACCCCACGUCUGUCCCACGCCAACUCCGCCGUGGUGCUCUCGGCCGUCAAGGUCCUCAUGAAGUUCCUGGAGCUGCUGCCGAAGGACUCCGAGUACUACAACACCCUGCUGAAGAAGCUCUCCCCGCCCCUGGUCACGCUGCUCUCCGGCGAGCCCGAGGUCCAGUACGUGGCCCUCAGGAACAUCAACCUGAUCGUGCAGAAGAGGCCUGAAAUCCUGAAGCAAGAGAUCAAAGUGUUCUUCGUCAAGUACAACGAUCCCAUUUACGUCAAGCUGGAGAAACUGGACAUCAUGAUCAGACUGGCUUCUCAGGCCAACAUCGCCCAGGUGCUGGCUGAGCUGAAGGAGUACGCCACCGAGGUCGACGUGGACUUCGUGCGCAAGGCCGUCCGAGCCAUCGGGCGCUGCGCCAUCAAAGUAGAGCAAUCAGCCGAGCGCUGCGUGAGCACCCUGCUCGACCUCAUCCAGACUAAGGUGAACUAUGUGGUGCAGGAGGCCAUCGUGGUGAUCAGAGACAUCUUCCGCAAGUACCCCAACAAGUAUGAGAGUAUCAUUGCUACGCUGUGUGAGAACCUGGACUCUCUGGAUGAACCGGAUGCCCGGGCCGCUAUGAUCUGGAUCGUGGGUGAAUACGCAGAGAGGAUUGACAAUGCCGAUGAGCUCCUGGAGAGCUUCCUGGAGGGCUUCCAUGAUGAAAGCACGCAGGUUCAGCUGACUCUGCUGACCGCUAUAGUGAAGCUGUUCUUGAAGAAGCCCUCGGAGACUCAGGAGCUGGUGCAGCAGGUGCUCAGUCUGGCCACUCAGGACUCUGACAACCCUGACCUGCGCGACCGUGGCUACAUCUAUUGGCGCCUGCUCUCUACCGACCCGGUAACGGCCAAGGAGGUGGUGCUGUCCGAGAAGCCGCUGAUCUCGGAGGAGACGGACCUGAUCGAGCCCACGCUGCUGGACGAGCUCAUCUGCCACAUCGGCUCGCUGGCCUCUGUUUACCACAAGCCACCCAAUGCUUUCGUCGAGGGCAGCCAUGGCAUUCACCGUAAGCACCUGCCCAUCCAGCAUGGCAGCAUCGACACCGGCGAGAGCCCGGUUAGCGGCGGCCCGGCCUCUGCUAUCGAUCAGCCUCAGGUCAUCCCAUCUCAGGGUGACCUCCUGGGCGACCUGCUCAACCUUGAUCUUGGCCCUCCGGUCAAUGUCAACGUGCCUCAGGUGUCCUCUAUGCAGAUGGGUGCUGUGGACCUUCUGGGAGGAGGUCUCGACAGUCUGCUCGGGGGAGACCUUGGAGGUGGCGUCGGAGGCAGCCCGGCAGUUGGCCAGAACUUCAUUCCGUCUUCAGUGCCCAACACGUUUGCUCCGUCUCCCACUCCAGCGCCCAUGAGCAGUGGCCUGAACGACCUGUUUGAGCUCUCCACAAGCAUGGCCAACAAUACAGGGGGUUACGUGGCACCCAAAGCUGUCUGGCUGCCGGCAGUCAAAGCGAAAGGGCUGGAAAUCUCUGGAACGUUCUCACGCCGUCAAGGUCACAUGUACAUGGACAUGUUCUUCACUAACAAAGCCCUGCAGCACAUGACAGACUUUGCCAUCCAGUUCAAUAAGAAUAGUUUUGGCAUGAUUCCGACCACCCCUCUUCCCGUUCACACGCCCCUCAUGCCGAAUCAAAACAUCGACAUCUCCCUGCCUAUCAACACCAUCGGACCUGUUAUGAAGAUGGACCCACUGAACAACCUUCAGGUGGCCGUGAAAAACAGUAUCGACGUGUUCUACUUCAGCGUGCUGAUUCCGCUCAACAUCUUCUUCGUGGAGGACGGCAAAAUGGAGCGGCAGGUGUUCCUUGCAACCUGGAAAGACAUCCCCAACGAGAACGAGCUGCAGUACCAAAUUAAGGAGUGUCACUUAAAUGCAGACACGGUGUCAGGCAAGCUGCAGAGUAACAACAUCUACACCAUCGCCAAGAGGAACGUGGAGGGUCAGGACAUGCUCUACCAGUCCCUGAAACUCACCAACGGCAUCUGGAUCCUGGCCGAGCUCCGUAUCCAACCCGGAAACCCCAACUACACGCUCUCUCUGAAGUGCAGGGCUCCGGAAGUGUCUCAGUACGUGUACCAGAUGUACGACGGCGUCCUGAAGAACUGAAGUCCUUCCACCCGCCCUCCGUCCUCAACAUUCCUGUGGUACAAGAACGAGCUCCACCUCUUUACUUCACUCCUCCACUACUUUACAUGUAGCUAUUAGCGUCUUUGUCAGUUUUGCUCUUGCCAAACGAUGUGUCGUGGAUAAGUGGACGUGGUGCUUCGUGCCUCUGUGUUACCGUUAUUAUUCCUUCUAUUAUAAAAUACACAUGAAUGAAAUGGGAUUUUAUUUCUUUGCGUACUUCUUCUCUAUCUUGUGUGUUUAGUGUUUCGUCAUGUCAGUUUCACAUUGUAAGAUGUUGAGAGGAUUCUGAGCCAGCACGUCCUCUGUAUUAGACAGUUGAAAAAGUAGGUUGUCGUGUUAAUGGAAGCAGCUUGACUUUAUCACCGCUGGAAAUCUGACGUUAUUAAUAGUCACCUCCUGGGAACCGCUGUAUCAGAAGCUUUUAGGGACGGGUGAUAUGCUGGAUAAAUCGAGCAUAAUACAUUUUCCUAAUACAUAUAGGCCUGUCACAGUCAUGACAUUUUGCUGACAAAUAUCAUAAUAAAUGAUGUACCUGUCGUUAAUAAUAUUGGAUUGGCUUUAUAUCGUAUCGAAUCUCAGCUCCGCCAUCCGGCAGGCUGGGCAGCUGCAUGAACGAUUGCCUGUUGUUCAUAGGGUUAGGGGCAAGUCGGAUCACGGGUCCUCAUAACUGGUGCAAUAACGACCCCUGCUGGCUGAUUGAUGCCGCCUGCACAGGGUCGAGGAAUAAUGCUGAUCAGGGUGUGGCUCUCCGUGCGCAGUGCUGAUCGGUAUAUAUGAACUCGACUCGUGCAGGUGAAAAAUGCAGUCUGUACUGAGCACGUGUCGGAGGGGGCGUGUGUCAGUUGAGAAGCGUCCUCAACCAGGGUGGAGAUCAACAUCAGUGGAGAACUACCUGUGAACCUACCAUACACAGGCUAUUUAAAACCAUAAACUUUGUGAUCAGGUGAUAUUUAUGACAGGCCUGUAUAUGUGAUGUACCAGAUUUAGCUUUGACAGCGGUGAAAACAACAGUGCCAGCGUAAAAUGCAUUACACAAAAAAAAUCUGUGAUUUUCAUUUGAUAUUUACAAAUAAAUUAUGAUGUCAUAAUAUUAUGUAUUCAUUUAAUGUUCAUUAGUACUGUGACGUAACAGUGGAAUUGUGACGUCACAAUGAAAUCUGUUUAAACAGAACUGAUACAGAUGGCACAAAAAAUACAGACAUUACAGUGCAUUAUGACGUCAUAACUACCAACGAAAUUGUGAUGUCACAAUUAAGUCAGUGUUUAAUGUCAGUAUUUUCGGUGGCAUCAGGUAUCGGCGUCUUCUGUUUAAAGUGCAUUAUGACGUCAUAAUUAAUGACGGAAUUGUGAUGUCACAAUGAAAUCAGCGCUUCAACAGAACUGAUGCCACCAAAAAUAAUGACAUUAAAGAGCAUUAUGACGUCAUAAUUAAUGACAGAAUUGUGAUGUCACAAUGAAAUCAGUGCUUCAACAGAACUGAUGCCUGAUGCCACCAAAAAUAAUGACAUUAAAGAGCAUUAUGACGUCAUAAUUAGCGUUGGAAUUGUGAUGUCACAAUGUAGUCUAUGUUUAAACCGAACCGAUGUCUGAUGACACCUAAAAUACUGGCAUUAUAGUGCAUUAUGACAUCAUAGUUACCAACGGAAUUCUGAUGUCACAAUGGAAUUGAUACUUAAACAAAGCUGAUCCUGUUGGCUUCAAAAAUGCUGACAUUAAAGAGCAUGAUGACAUCAUAAUUAACAGCGGAAUUGUGACGUCACAAUGAAGUCGGUGUUUAAACAGAACUGAUGCCACCAAAAAUGCUGACGUUCAAGUGCAUUAACAAUGUCGAUAAAUGUCAUGCUGCUCUGUCCUAAUGGUUCAGGGUUUAAUCAAUUGUGCCACUUUUUAAAUCUUACCUACGUGACUUUGUGUAGCCGUUUUAUAACGUAUACGCUAUUCAAAAUGUACACCCCUCCAUGUCGUUACCGUAGAGUCUAAAUUGAAAUGAAACCGUUCUUUUUUUUAUACAUACAUACAUAACAGCUUAUAUUAGUUAAGCGGUCAAUAAAGUUUUAUAAUUCCAUAUAGCAUUGUGCCAUGGCUUCCAGAUCCAUUCCAAGCGGCAACCUUAACUGUUCAGUUGUGUGUACUGUAAAUGUAUUACAAUCGAUAUAAUUCAUAUAGCGUACAUAUACACAUAGAGUCAUCGGGUCAUGCUAUAGCUGUGUCUGUAGACGGAGAACCGUAUCGGCUGGGGGGUCGUGUUAGAAACUGUGCCGAUCAUCGAGUAUCUGUUGUGCUAAAUAUUAGAGCUGUUUAAUAUGUGGACCAUGACCAAUACGAAGCUUUUAGACGUAGUCUGCAUCUAAUAAACUACAUUGCGCUUGAGCGAUUAUCGUGACGUAAUUCAACUGUUUGGUGAAAUAGCAAAGAAAAUAUUUCAUUUAAUUAGUGUUUAACUGUAUUCCUGUUUUUUUGUUUAUUUUCCUACCAUUAAUAAAGGCAUUAAUUCCAAGUCAACAA